AUGAAUCGUUACUUACUAUACAGUAUUAUAUUUAUUCUUAUAAAAAAUGUUGAUUGUAUAUCAACAAAAUAUCGUCGAUGGUGUUCACCAUGGAAAUUUUGUUCAUUUACAUCAUGGAAAGCUUGGGAGUCAUGUGAUAAAACAUGUGGUGGUGGUAUACGUACACGUUAUCGACAAAUGUGUUCAUUACCAUUUAUUGAUUUUACUCAACAUGUUGCUAUGUGUCAUAAAACAUUAAAUGAUUUUAUUGAAUAUGAAAAUUGUUCACAGACAUGUUCAAAUUAUGGUAUAUGGUCAAAUGAAACAAAUCAAUGUAUAUGUAAUGAUACAAGUAUUGUUGAUUCAUGUUGUAUGACAGAUCGAGGUCGAUGGUCCGAAUGGACAUCAUGGUCGAGAUGUAUAGCACGAUGUGGAACAUAUGGUAUACGUAACAGAACACGUAUGUGUUUAUGGAAAGAUGAUCUUUUCCACUAUGAUUUAGUAAAUAUAAAUUGUAUUGGAGAUCGAAUUCAAUAUGAAAGUUGUUUAAAAGAUUGUUAUGAACCAGAAUAUGAUGAAGAAUUUUUCGAAAAAAUGCCAAGUAAUGCAACUGUAAUGAUUGGUAAACAUGCACAAUUCGUAUGUAAACAAAAAAGUGGUAGCAUUAAAUGGUUAAUUAAUGAUCAAGAUGUAUCUAUAUUAUCAAUUCAAAAUCCUUCAAUAAAAAUAGUUUCAAAUGGUACAACAUUAUUUAUUUAUCCAAUAACAAAUUAUUUUUCUUCUCAAACUCGUAUAACAUGUCAAAUAAAUAUGUUAAAUGGUGAACAUAUUAAUCGACAUGCUUGGAUGAUAAUUGAUACAAAUGAAAAUCAUAUUGAUAAUUCAAUUGAUAAUCAAUGUUCACUUAUAAAACCUUUAGAAUCAAUAUAUUAUGUACGAUUAGGAUCAAGUUUUUCCAUACAAUGUCAAGCUAAAACACUUAAUGCAACUGUUCUAUGGUAUAAAAAUGAUAUUUUAAUACAUGGUAAUGGAGACGAAACUAUACAAAUUUUAAUUGAUUAUAUGUUAUUUAUAAAUACAAUUGAUUUAAUACAUAAUGCAAGUUUUUCUUGUACUGUUCAAACAACAUUAAAAUGUAAACAAACAUCAUAUUGGAAAAUAAUUGUAUUUGAAUAUACACAACAAAUAUCAAAUAGUUUACAAACAAAUCCAUUAAAUUUUGUUGGUACAUAUGGUAUUGUAUUACCAAGUUCAUCACCAUGGCAUGUUACAAUAUCUUAUCGUGAUAUAUCAAUGAAUUUUUUUUAUGAUGCAUUUUGUUCUGGUUUAUUUAUUGAUGAAGAUACUAUUUUAAGUGUUUCACAAUGUUUUGAUAAAUCAUCAUCAUUACAAACAUAUCUUAAACAACAAAAUUUAUUAUUUGAUCCAACAAAACUUAUUAUUUAUAUUGCUAAAUAUGAUCGUUUAAGUAUAAGUUCAUUUGAACGACAAUCAUCUGUUAAACAAUUAUUAUAUUCAAAUAAUAAUUUUAUUAUUUUAAAAGUACAUUUACUUUUUAUGAGUAUUGAAUCUCGUCCAUUACCAUUACCUACAAUGAAUGAUAUGGCAACAUUAAUUAAUAAUGUAUCGUUAUAUGCAACUGGUUGGGGACCAUUAUCAACAAAUGCUGAUAAACCAAUGCGUCUUAAAUAUGUACAACAACGAUUAAUUGAUUGUAAUAUAUCAUCACCGAUAACAUUAUGUACAACAGCUAUGGCUAUAAAACAACCAAAUUUAUGUCCAGGUGAUACUGGUGGAAUACUUUUUGCACAAACAAAACAACGUAUAUUUGCUGUUGGUCUUAUAUCACGAUUUUCAAAAGCAUUUUGUGAUAUGCGUUCAACACAAGUAACAACUAUUCUUCGUCUUGAUACUAUAACGACUUGGUUAAAACAAAAUUCACUUGUAUAA